UAAUCUAAUGUCGUCUCAAGAAACCAAACAAGACCAAAGAAAAGGAGCAGAGAUCUUCAAUGGCGAAUCAAUAUGCAAGCAAAAAGCUCACGAGAUUUUAUCGACCAUGAAUCUACCUAAAGGACUUCUCCCUUUAGACACAAUGACCGAGAUCGGUUUCAACAAAUCAACCGGUUAUUUCUGGAUCAAGAUGAAGAACAAGGUUCAGCACAAGUUUAAAGCCAUCGGCAAAAACGUAUCAUACGAUUCAGAGGUUACUGCUUUCUUUGAGAACCGUAGGUUGCGUAGUGUUACUGGAAUCAAGAGCAAAGAGCUUUUGAUUUGGGUUACCAUCUCUGAGAUUUUUGUUGAUGAUCAAGAUACGACUAAAAUCACCUUUGCUGGUCCGUCGGGUUUGUCACGUUCUUUUCCUGUCUCUGCUUUCGAGGAUUAAGAGAUAUUAUUUGUCAACGGUAUACGUUGACUUUUUAUUCCCGGCUUUCCUUUUCGUCUUUUUGCUAAAAUAAAAACCAUCUUUAUGUAACAAUGUUUCUGUGCGUCUGACAUCAUUUAUCUGCAUCUUUUGUUUUCAUAAUUUUAUUAAAUUUACAAUGACUAAAUGGUCAAACA